GAAAAACAUUUUCUGUAGCCUUUCUUUCCUACCUGCCACAAACAUGCCUUGGUGCUGCUAUUUUAGCCUGGGUCACCUGUUGACCUGACAGGCAAGUGUCAGGGGAGAGCGCACAUGUCAGCUGCAGGUGGAAACUCUCAGCAGGGAGCGAUGCUGUGGCGCUGGCUGGCACAGUUGGAGCCCAGGAUAACACAGCACUGAGGGACUGCAGAUGUAGCUGGUGUCUGAGGGGGUUACCUGAGGUUUCAUGAGGUUGUGUGUGACACAGUUAAGCAGUUAACUUGGGCAGAAGUCUGGAGGUUUCCCAACCCUCUGAAGAUGUACGGCCUGUAUUUGGAAGCAGUGAACGAUUACAUUAAUGAAUCCUAUGGAGAGGAUGUGUGGAGACUGAUCGAGAACCGAGCAGAGAUACCCCACCUCAAGUUUGUCAGACAUCAGAUGUACAAUGACAACCUGAUCCUUCGAUUGGCAAAGGCAGCAGGCGAAGUUCUGGGAAAGACCCACGAUGAGCUGAUGUACGCCUUCGGGGUCUAUAUGGUGAAGAGGAUUGGAAACUAUGGAUAUGAGCGGAUCCUGAAGGUGUUGGGACGAAAUGUGCGCGACUUCAUCAACGAGCUGGACAACCUGCACGAGUACUUUCGCUUUUCCUUCCCCAAGGUGCAGCCACCAAGUUUCUGUGUGGAGGAGGAGUGUGAGACGAGCCUCACGCUGCACUACCGCAGCACCCGCAAGGGAUUCACCCAGUUUGUCAAAGGGCAGCUGUCUCAAGUGGGACGACAAUUCUACAACACAGAUAUCGAAGUGGAAAUCCUGUCUAAAGAGGAAACUGAGAAAAUGACGUAUGUGGUUUAUAAGAUGAACUUUGACAACGCAGCUUUCAAGCACCGCAUGCCCCAGCAGAAGACGGCACCGAGCUACGAGAAGCUGCCGAUGAAGCGAGGUAUCUUUUUUGACAUGUUCCCCUUCAGUGUCAUCUUCCGCCGUGACAUGACCAUGUACCGCAUUGGCGAUGGCCUCAAGGAGGUCUUCUCCGACCUCCAGGGCAAGAAGGUCAAUGAAGAGUUCACUCUGGUCAGACCCAUGCUGGAGUUCAGCUGGGAUAAUAUCUACACCCAUCUGAACAAUGUGUUUGAGCUGUUGUCUAAAGCGGUGGUGGAGAGCAAGCAGAAGGUCAACAUCCCCAAACUGAGCAAAGAGGAGCCAGAGGAGAAGGAGGAAAGUGAGAAAGCAAAGAGGGAAGAAGAAAGAGAGCCAAAGGCAGUGGAGGAGAUGAAGGGCACAGACCAAGAGUACAGCAGCGCUCUCACCCAGUACAACAGCUCUGCCAACUCAGGAGGCGAAGAUAUCGAACUGCUGGCAUUCCAGACAGUCACUGGAAAGUGUAGUGAGACCAUUUUCGAGGACAUGCGGGAGCCUCCUAAGAAGCCUCUCCAUCUGAAGGGCCAGAUGAAGUAUGUCCCCCAGUGGGACUCCCUCAUCUUCCUGGGGACACCCAUUAUAGAGACAGUGGAGGACAUGAUAAAGAUGGGUGUAUAUGUGAAUGAUUUGAACCUGCACGACUCCAGCAGAGAACUGAUUUUGGCCGGGACGCAGCAAUCAGCUGAGCUGCAGCUGGCCCUCGAUCAGGAGCAACAAAAAUAUGCUCAGCUGCAGGAAAUCAUCAAGAAGCUGGACGAAGAGAAGAAGAGGGGAGAUUCUUUGCUGUACGCCAUGAUCCCUAAAGCUGUGGCCGACCGCCUCAGGAAGGGGAUCACUGCACUGGAGACGUGCCAGGUCUUCCCAGAUGUGACCAUCCUGUUUAGCGAUGUGGUCAAAUUUAAUGAGAUCUGCAUCCACAUCACACCAAUGCAGGUGGUGGACAUGCUCAAUGAGAUCUACAUUGUCUUUGACACACUCAGCGAGAAGCACAACGUCUACAAGGUGGAGACGAUCCGUGAUGCCUACAUGGUGGUGGCAGGCGUGCCCAACAAGACCACCUUUCACGCACAUCACAUCUGUGACAUGGCUCUGGACAUGCUGAGCUCCAUCGACCACCUUAAAGACCCCUCCACCGGGGAUAACAUCCAGAUCAGAGUCGGUAUUCACUCGGGUAUGGUGGUGGCUGGCGUUGUUGGUCUGAAGAUGCCUCGCUACUGUCUGUUUGGCGACACUGUGAACACAGCCUCGAGGAUGGAGAGCAAUGGAGUGGGCAUGCAGAUACACAUCAGCCAGACAACCAAAGACCACCUGGAACAUGAGCCCUACAUCAUCGAGGAGAGGGGCAAAAUCUUUGUAAAGGGUAAAGGCUACAUGAAGACCUACUGGCUGAAAGGAAAGAAAGAUCUAUCGUUCAAGACCCCGGCAGAGCUACGCUACAGCAGUGAACAGAAAGACUCUGAGGACAAGAGCUCUAAUGGUUCCACAAGCACCAAUGCCAAGCGCAUGGCUUCCAACCUCCACAUCACCAGCAGUGAGGAGCAAGCAGAAGGGAAGCCAAGCCCCAGUGACCUCCCCCUGGACACCCUGCCCCCACCAGAGGCAGCUAACGAGCCCCCCUCCAUUUCAACUGAGCCUCAGGAGAAGGAGAAAGCCAAAAAGACUAAGAACAACAAGGGGGCCAAGUUGGAUGUGCCUCAGGGAAACGCAAUGCCAGAGUCUUCGCCGCCCACCGACGGGCUGGAGAACCCAGGUCCUUUCCUCAACAACAAGAGAAACAGCUUCAGGCAGCAGUACGCCAAGCUGCCCGCCAACCUGCCCAUGCGCAGUGCCGCCUGCUCCAUUCUGUGAGAGGAAGGUCAUAGUGUACGAAUACAAGACAACGCCAACAUGUGAGGAGGGUGUCAAGUUUAAUCAGGGGCAAGACAAAGCAGGUGUACUUUUUUCCCACUGCAGUUCACUUGUAUUACAGUUCAGUUUGUGCAACAUUUAUGGCUGCAAAUGCUUGAUAAUUGAUUCAAAUGGAGAAAACCUGCACGUUGUCCCUUUGUUUCAUUGAUUUCCUGCAUCAAAGCAUUUGUCUGACAUAGAAAGUGAAAAAGUACCGGUUUUUAAGAUGAGUUAUAUCCACCAUGGUUUCACAACAGGCCUCCCUAAUGUUAAAAAAGAAAAAGAGAAGUGCAACAUCCUCCACACACAAACAGCACAUUCACAGAGAAACCGAGAACUUCAAAUUUGUACUACAGAUAAUGACAGCCAUGACAAUGAGUUUAUUUCAGAUUUUCUUUAUGCUAUUUGCUGUAUUAUUUUACAGCUCAAUAAGCAAUCCAUGAAGCCACUGCUAUUAUUGCUACAGAAAUUAUGUUCAAAUGUAUAAUGACAACAAAUUACAGGAUGCUUUGGAAAAUUAAAGUAAGCCAUUUUGUGACAGGGCUUACACGGUAUCUGACUGAGGCAGAAGCCUCCACAUGAACAGAGAGAAACAAAUUCUAUGGAUGCUUCAUUUAAUUCACUGAGAGUAGACAUCAUCAGAGGUUGUAUUUUAUUUUGUUUAAACUAGGCGUAUGGUAAUUCAGUAGGCAUUUGGCUAGACCUUCACAACACUGUCUUAAAGAGUUCUGGUUCUACUUGCUGUAUGUGACUGCAUUUGUUUCACUGUAUGAUAGUGUUUAUUUAUAUAAAACUGUAUGUACAGCCA